UUUCAUGAGAAUCAAGUAUUACAUACAGCCCAUACUAACAAGGCUGUAUAUAAUUAGACUCUCCAUCAUUUGCAAGAUCAUUUAAAGUCAACAGCACCACUGAAACACCUCCACUCCAUACUAGCUAUAGCUACAAUGGAUCAUGGCUCAUUGUUCUUCAUACUCUUAGUGUUACUGUCAGCUACUGGAACUGAAGGAUCUUAUUGGAUGGCUAGUGAUUGUACUAAUACUAGAUCAUAUCAACAUGGUGGGGGACUAGCACUGUAUCUAAGAGUAUGCUGUAACAGCAGUAACUUAGGACAGUCUGCUACUACCAAAGACCAUGGUAUUAAUAGAUACAUUCCCUGUCCUAAAGUACUACCAAAGUCCUGUCCAGCACUUCCAAACUGUAAGGAUUGGUAUAAUAAUGGUAAUACUACUAGUGGUGUUUAUAUUGUUAAUCCUGAUGGAGGGACUCCAUUUGAAGUAUACUGUGAUAUGGAGACUGAUGGUGGUGGAUGGACUGUAUUUCAGAGGAGACAAGAUGGAUCUGUUGAUUUCUAUAGGAACUGGACUGACUAUGAGAAUGGAUUUGGUAACCUUACUGGUGAGUUUUGGUUAGGACUGAGCAAGAUUCAUCGUCUUACUAAAGAAGAAUCAAACACACUAAGAGUGGACCUGGGAGACUUUGAGGGGAACACAGCUUAUGCUAACUACUCUACAUUCAGUGUUAGUGAUGGUAGUACUAUAUAUAUACUAACAGUAGGAGGAUACUCUGGUACUGCUACGGAUAGUCUGGCCUGGUAUCAUAAUGGAAUGAGAUUCAGUACAAGAGAUAAUGAUAAUGGAAAUCUAUGUGCUCUGGCCUACACUGGUGCCUGGUGGUAUGAUAACUGCUAUCGUUCAAAUCUUAAUGGUCGUUAUUUUAAUACUUCAACUAAUAGUGAGCAAGGAAUUGUUUGGUUGCAUUGGAAAAAUGCAUUCAUUAGUCUCAAGUUCUCAGAGAUGAAAACUCGUCGUAACAAUUAAAUACUGUUCCCCACACACAUAAGUGUGUUUACAUU